UUCGCGAGCGCCACGAUGAGAUAACGACGGAUACCAGCGACCGAGGAGAGACGAAUCGCGGAGCAUAACCGUCGUCGCUUCCAUGCCCCUGAUGUUGUCAUCCACCUCGCCCAAUUCCGAUCUCUCGCGGCCACCCGGAUUCGUCACCAAGGGCCUCGGAUCCGUGAGCGUGGAGGACCUUUUUCGCAAUGUGAGCGGCGGAAGCCUAGACGGCUCAGGAAAAUGCUUCCUUCUGCCGGAGAGGUUCGGAGAGAGGACGGUGGAAGAUAUGUGGAGGGUUAUCGCGGCCGAUCGGGGGGUGGACGGAUCCGACGCGGAGGUCACGCUGGAGGACUUCCUGGCGAGGGCGGGCGGGGUCGGAGAGGAGGAUACCGCAGUUCCCACCAGAUGGAGCCAGGUGGCGUUGGCGGCGAAUACUGCGACAGGGGAUGGGUUCGGGCAACCACAGAAAAUGCUCUUGGAGAACCCUACCAUAGGGUUCGGGAAUGGGGCGGAAGGCGCCGUAAGGGCGGAGCGAGGGAGGAAAAGGCCGUUAUCGGAUCCAGUGGACAGAGUGGCGAUUCAACGAGAGAAGAGAAUGAUCAAAAACAGGGAGUCUGCAGCAAGAUCGAGGGAGAGGAAACAGGCCUAUAUUAAUCAACUUGAAGCUUCGGUUGCAAAAUUGGAGGAGGACAAUGCACGGCUGUUGAAAUCCCUGGAGCAGCAGCAAAGGAUGAGGCUUAAGCAGCUUAUGGAAAACGUAACACCAGUAGCAGAGAGGGAAAAACGACCCUUGCGAAGAACCAACUCCAUGCAGUGGUAGAAAAUAAAAGUACGAGUGCAAGUAUCAGAAGUCAUAAUCCUUGAGUUAUAGCUGUUUACUGUCUCCAAAUACACAGGAAUGCAUCAAACAUGUAAGGCAAAAUCUGGAAUGACGGGAGAUUCAAUUAUUUUUAAUUUCCAUUUUUUUAAAAUUUUAAUAUUAUAAUAUAAUCUCUAAA